CUGUGCUACGUUUGACAAUUCUCAUUUCUGUAAUUAAAAAUUGACAUAUUUUUAGUUUCAUAUACGAUUCUAUAGGAUUUGUCAGCAUUUUAGGUAAUAAGACCAUUUUAGGACCAUAUUACAAUGAAUUUUAAGGAUAUACCAGAAUGCACAGAAAAAUGUAAAUCUUUAACACAUGGGGACAUAAUUACUGCAGCAAUAUCAAAACGAAGUAUAUCAGAUGCUGAAAUAUGCUCAUAUUUAAACCAUAUUUGUAAAAACUGUGAAGGUGUACAAGAUUCUGCAGGUAGGACAGCUCUACAUGUAGCUUCUUCAUGUGGUAGAUUAGAAGUGGUGCGGUGGUUAGUGCAAAGUCGGCAUGCAGACUUAAAUGCAAGAGAUAAGGAAUCUGGUUAUACAGCUCUGCAGAGAAGCAUGUUUUAUGGAAAAAUACAUGUGGCUGUGGAAUUAAUAAAGCUGGGUGCCAAUAUCUCCCAACUGGACCAUGAUAGUCUGCUUUUUUUGGACCAUGCAAUGAAAGAUGGUAUGAAACCCAGCCUAACCGAUACAGAUGGUGAAUUGUAUGCUUGGGGAUCGAAUACCAACCAUGUUUUGGGUCCACAACAAUCUCGAACGUUGCCUGAACUUUUCGAUGGUUUUUACAAAGAACACCCAAAUGAAUGUGUCCAACAAAUUUGUGUUGAUAAGUUUCACAGUGUUAUAGUUGCCAGUAGUGGGAAGGUUUUUAGCUGUGGUCACGGACAAGGCGGUAGAUUGGGUAUAGGUACCCAACAAACAAUUGUUACUCCAAAAUUGAUCAGUUUUCCAGAAAAUAAUCAAGAACCUUUGCUGUGCAUUAAUGCCAGCAUUUCUAGGGACCACAGUAUUUUUUUGAUGUCAGAUGGCAGUAUUUUCACAUGCGGUUUAAAUACGCACCACGUUCUUGGAAUAUUUCCCCCACCCCAGGAACUUUUGGUACCCCGCCAAAUAAAACAUCUAGAUGGUAUACAGGGUGUUUGUGCGCAACGAUACCACUCUGUAGCGUGGAGUCAAAACAAUCUGUACACGUGGGGUCUGAAUGCUGGUCAGUUAGGUCACAAGUUAAACAACGAAAACGGCGAGAAAUACGUAAUUUCGCCAAGGAUUGUUAAGAUUAUUAAUAUGAACGAAAAUACUAUAAAAUCAGUGGCGGGGAGUGAUGGUGCCACUGCUGUAUGCACCGAAAAAGGCGACAUCUAUGUUUUGCACGAGUAUCAGUGCAGAAAAAUAGCUUCAAGGCAACUGAAUGUGAUACAGGUAAGCAUAGUAGGCGGAAAACUUGACUCAUCCUUAGACAAAGAUUUAAAAACGAAUGUAAAAAGUGAGCUAAAGGUGUUAGCACUUACCAAUACAGGAAACCUUCUUCUAUGGCAAGAAUCUGAUCCUUAUCUGUGCAGAUGCAUUUUCACUUCAAAUAGGGCCAUAAUCAUCCGCCAGAUGUCGAUAAACACCAAUGGAGUUUUAUUGGUGACUUUUGAUGGUGAAGGGUUUCAAGGUAUUAUUAAACCAAGGAAAAAAAUAGGCCCAAUUGGCGUACAAGAAAAAAAAAGCACGAAAAGUCCAUUUCACAAAUUUUUAGAUAAGGAAGAUUGUAUUUUGGUAAAGCUAGAAAAAUUCCCGAAAAUUCAUAGGGCCAUUUCUAUUAGUAGUGACUCCAGAGGGAAUGACUUUUGUGUUAUACAAGCAUAUCCCUACACAAACUAUACAUUUCCUGAAAUAACCCCAUCAGAUAUGCAAUUAAAUUUAAAAUUAUUAUUGGAAGAAACUGACGAAUACGAUAUUUUGCAUGAUGUUACUUUUAAAGUUGAAAAACGAAAAUUCCCAGUCCACAGGUAUAUAGUCGCUUCAAAGUGUCCUUAUUUGGAAAAAAUUAUAGAAAAUAAUAACAGUAAUGAGCCUGUGGUACUGCCCAAUAUUAAUGCAGAUAUAUUUGAACAAUGUUUAAUGUUUUUGUAUACAAAUACUUGCGAUUUGUUGAGAAUAGGAGAACUUAAAAAUGAGAGACUUAAAAAUUUAUGUGAUAAAAAAAUUGACAACAAAAAUGACACAGAAAUAGAAAAACAAGUUGAGGUGGAAAAAGAUGUUUCUGCUUUUGAAUACUACAAUAAAAUAAACCCACAACAACAUAAAGAAAAAUCACCAGAAAUAAAAGCAAAAAACCCUGUAAGAAUGCUCCAUGAACUUUCAAAAAAAUUUAAAUGUGUGGAUCUCCAAAACGCUCUCUCAAAUUUGGAUAUGACCAAGUACACAGUAAAAGUUAAGUCUGGGAAACUGUUUAAGGCAAAACCCAUUAAGUUUGACAUGAGAAGUUUUCCUGAACAUUGGGAUGUUGUUAUUAAAUGUAGGGAUGAUAAAAUUAUCAAAGCUCAUAGGUGUAUUAUGGCAGCUAGGUUGGAGUAUUUUGCUAAUAUGUUCUCCAUGAGAUGGGGAAAGUCAGAAAACUGUGAAAUAACCCUACCAUUCCCAAAAUCAACAGCCCUAGCUCUUUUAGAAUACAUAUACACAGACAACCUAUCAGGCUUGGAAAAUAAGGAAAUGGAGCACCUCUUUAGAGUUCUAAUACUAGCAGACCAAUUAUUCGUAAUACGACUAAAAGAACAAUGCGAAUGGCUGCUUACAAAUCUAUUAACACUUAAAAAUGCAACACAAAUUUUGCCUUUUGCGCAUAUGUACAAUGCGCAGAAUUUAAAGUUGUGCUGUAUAAAGUUCAUUGUGGGGAAUUUGGCACCGUUUUUGGAGAGCCAUGCUUUGGAAGAGUUGGAUGAGGAGAUUUUAUUGGAUAUUGCGGAAGUUUACUUUAAUGUAAAGCAUGAGAUUUCCUGUAGGGUUAUAACACCCUACUCCACUGCAGUGGCAGAUGAGGAAAUUAGUUUAGUGCACACUCAAAACCCGGUAGACUUGGAAUUAGAAGUAGAGAAAAGCGGAAAAAAGUCAUCGCAAAAACGUAGAUCCAGAACGCACAAAAGUUCUUUCUCUGAGAAGCGCACAAGCGAGUCGGAUAAUAACCUGGAUAGCAUUAUCCAAUUCCCGGAUAUACCGGAGGUUAUCCAGGAAUCCAAACAAACCAUAGAACUAUCCGAUAGAGUUAAAGCUAUAAUGAGAGCGCAGAACAAAUUAUAUGAUGAGGAUAUCAAAUGUAAUUUCGAGAAAAUCGGCAAAAAUGACUCUGGGACAUCGUUUGAUGAUUUUCCGGAACUAAGUAGCCCACCCUGUAACACUGCCAUGGGUUCACUUACUAAAACACCUAAGAAUAAAGUUAAAAUGACCAAGGUCUCACAAAAACAGAGAAAAAGAUUGUCAUCUCAGAGUGAUUUAAACAAUCCUGGAUCACCAGUAAUAUCAGAGAGUCCUAAAAAUCCUUGGAAAACAAUAACAAAUGUUACGAGUCCGCAGUCCACUCCAGAUGGUAAAAAUUUAACAUGUAAAUGGGGUAUGGGUGAUAUUAUAUCUGAUGAGAAAAAACAGAAAGAGAAUCUAGUCAAGUUGAAAAGUAAACUUUUGUUUUAUACACAAGUUGAAGACAAAGCCAUUGACGAUCUUCACAAAUUUUAUAACACGGAAAACUUAUCUGAAGAAAUAAUUUUAAUAGAAAGAGUCUCAAUGGGUAGCAUAGCCUCCCCCACUUGGGUGCCAAGAAAUAAAUAACAAAAUAGUUUUAUUUUUAGUAACUGUAAUCAAGUAUUUAUUGUGUAAAUACGUUUCAAGUGUAAAUUACCA